GACACCAACUUGAAUCACGACAUCAAGACCAACCAAUCAAAUCUCAUCCAAAACAAUGUCAAGUUCAACAACCACAAACCCCAAACCAAGCACAAACCAAAGCGUAAACCCAAGUUCUUUAACCAACAACGAAAGCAAAAGUUUAUCAACUCUAGACACCUUAGGGGAAGACGAUGAAUUUGAAGAUUUCCCAAUCGAAAAUUGGACAGAAGAUAAAUCUGAUAUUUCACAUUUGAUUAUGAAUUCGAAAUCCAAUAAAACUUUAAAUCAAUCUACUACCAUGGAAGAUCUUUGGGAAGAUAAUUGGGAUGAUGAAGUUUUAGAAUCUGAUUUUGCUCAUCAACUUAGAGCUGAAUUAGAGAAAACUAAGACUACUGCUUCUGGAACGGGUCCUACUCCUAUGCAAACCUAAUUCGAUUUCUUCUAAGAUUCUAGAACCUCAAAUCUCAAUCAUAAUAAAAGUUUAAAAAAAAAGUAAUCGGGUAUGGAAGAGAUGUAUUAAAGGUUAAAUCAACGAAAUAUGAAAAGAAACCAAAGAUAGGGAAGGUAUUAAAGUAGACAACCAAUUAGGGUUGUUCUUUAUGACAACGAGAGUUUGAUCAUUGUGUUAUGUUAUUUAGUGUUACAAAUUAAAGGGAAUCAAUCCGAUUUAACAAUCCAACCAAAAACCCAUCCAAAUCGAAUUGAAUUGUAUGAUUUCUUAGAUAGCUUCGGGUCAUAAGACCUUCAACAAAGUAUCCAAACCAGGCAUAUGAUCUAAGAUAGCUAAAGCAGUACAAGAUUUAAUCCCAAUCAAUUCACUUAAAAUCAAACUUGAACCAAUAGGUAAUUCAAUCAAUUCAAUCUUCAUUUCUUGGGGUUUUGAGAAUUGAGAAUUGAUAGAAUGAAUCAUGAAAGGUAAAUGAGAGAUUAAAUUAGAUGAAACUAGAUCUGAUUUACAUAUCAAAAUUAAAGAAAUCUUUAUGUUCGGAUUAAGAUCUAAACCAGAAUUCGUUUGGUUAUGAAUCAAGUUUAGUUUUUGAUUGACCGAAUUGAUUCCCAAAACCAACCCAUUCAAAACCGAUGAAUUUAAUUUUCUUAAAGACUUGAUUUGAAGAUUUGAUUUGAAAGAAGUUUUUUGAGGUUUGGUUGAACGUAGGUGUGGGCUUGAGAUUAAGUUUUGGUUCUUGAUGAGUUCAGUUUUGAAAAUCUUGAUUAAGUUUGUUAAAAGUAAAGUUGAUUUUUUGGGAUCGAAGUUUGGCCAAUCAGAUGUACAUUCUAGUGGAGGUUGAGGUUGAGGAUGAGGUUGAGACUCAGAGUUUAGUUGGAUUUGAUGAGAUUGAAGUGAAUCAUGAAUUAAUUUAAUUUUUUUAUUUUUUUUAGUUUGAUUUUGAUUUCUAUUAGAUUGAUUAGAUGAUAUCUUUUUAGCUAAUGUGGUAUCUUUCAUCUUUGUUAUAUCAUUGACUUGAUGAUCUUGGUUUGAUUGUUUUGUC